CUUAACUAUAUGGAUGAAAGACCUAAUGUGUUGAGCUGGGCAACGGAAGCUAACACGGAGGCAGUAGAUGGCUGAAGUCUGAUGUCGCCUCCAUAUACAGCACUCUGGACGCUGCUGGUGACAUUAAACAUUGUCCUGGUGCAGUGUUUGAGGCUUCAGCACCUAUUGCCUCAGUUUAAAGGCCAUCAAGUUCUUGUUUUCAAUGCCUCGGCCUUAGGCGAGCAUACGUCGGCUCUGGUACAGUUAAGAUGUCAUGUCUGUGAGGCGAGGAAGGGAAGUGAUCAUUUUGAACGGUGUAAAGCACGGCAGACUGGAGAGGGCGCGCCGUGCACAAGACAAGACUGUUGGACGUUAUUCUACACUAACAGCUCUGACGUCACAUACGUGGCCCGCCAGUGUGGGCGUGGCACGCUGCACGUGAACGGUGGCGGUUGCACGGAGGCCAGGGUCGGCACGUGUCGGAAGACUUACGCCGGACAACAGUGCCUGAAGACAUGCUGCAAUACAAACGACUGCAACCACGACGCAGUAGCUCAUGAUAUCGGCGCGAAGAAUGAAGUUACAAAUAUUAAAAUUAUAUUUGUGACAAUUUUUGCUCACUUUUGUCUUUUAGCCAUAUUUACUCUUAAUGCCGAUGACACGGCUUGGAUAUCUACUCAAUAUAAACAAUUCUAUCUUGAAGAUUGAAAUUUACGUUAUUGGACAGUAGGGCGUAUUUACUAAUAUAUGUAUAGAAUGCACCAGUAAACACAAUAAUAAAAAGAACAUUUAGCCGCCUUGCACUUUUAUGCUUUCGUUAAUAUUCUGAGACAUUAAAAAGGCAAGAAGAAAAUAGCAAUACUAAUUACAAAUUUGGACUGAAAGCAGGCCGCACUGGGGUCUACAAAUGUUGUGUUGGAACGAAAAACCCAGGCACUUUAGAAUGCGCAGACGAUUUCUUUCCCACACUUCCUGACAACGGUACACAAGGCGCGAGAUCAAUCCAUUUUGCAAAUAAAACGUCCACGGUAACGUUCAAUUAUUCAGAAGUUUUAGAUUCAGUCCAGACAUAUUUGGCUGAAAUUUGUACAAUUACCUCCCAAUGCAUUUCAUUAACUUUAAAUAUAGACCUUGCUUUUAACUACUGCAAAAUGAUGUAGACACUCUUUGCUGGAUGUGUACUAUUUCACUGUCAAAAUGAUAAAAUAAUGAUUGAUCUACGACUCUUUGGGCUUGUUUUCCUCCCAGGUAGCACAUACCACCUGAAUACAGCUUUUUUUAUCAGAUCAUUCAAAUCAAGAGUCAUUAGUUUCAAACGUGUUAAUUAUUCAGGAAAUUGCUUGAUUGGAUUAGCCAUAUUAGCGCUAUUUUAUUAAUAACCCCAGCGACGGCUCUGUACAUUAAACGAGACUCACAAAGUUAAACAGCAAAAAGCAUCCAUUCCCAGGAACAUUGGACGUGCAGUAAAAAAAGAAGAUAUUUUAAAGUGCUAAAAAAGUUAUGGCAAACACAUCCUUGAAACUGAGUUUUGGAAUAGAUAGAAUUUUGGGAACUGGACCGAGUCGCAGAAUUUACAAUGAAACAUCGUCAGCUGAAGAAAGCAAUAUAAGUGAAGAGAGAGAGGCGCAUGAAUGGAGAAGGACAUAUGAUGAUAAUAAAGAGAGAAAAGUGAACCCUGACGUAACAGUAUACCAGCAGACAUCUAAUGGAAGGGGAGAAGAGCUUUGUGAGAUAACGAGUGUACAAGAUAACGUGGAAGGCACCAGAAUGCACGUGCCAGAAAGACCGUGUACCCGGCGCCUUCGGGUUCGCACCAACUUCACGCCGUAUCAGCUGCGCGAGCUGGAGCGCACCUUUCAGGCAACACACUAUCCUGAUAUCUUCAUGCGAGAGACGCUGGCUGUCAGGAUGCAUUUGGCGGAAUCAAGAAUACAGGUGUGGUUUCAAAACAGACGCGCCAAAUGGAGAAAAUUUCAAAAGCUGAAGAAGAUUGAUUCCGAAGGCAAGGUGUCAUUUAGAUCAGAAGAAGAAAGACAGGCGCGGUCGCCGUUUCUGUCUGUCUUACCUCCAGUGCUGCCCCCUUUAGCCGCUACCAUAAACUAUCACUUGAAGGACUGUACCUCUAGUUUGGGGGAGCUGAGACAGAGGGCAAAGGAGCAUGUUUUGGAGUUAAACAGCAUGACAUGGAUAGCGCCCAGAUCAGGGCAGCAAUAAACUGUGAACACGUCCAAAAUAAUCGUCAUAGCAAAGAACCACUAUUAUUUAAUCUAAACAUUUGAUUUGAUUUGAUUUGAUGAGAGAGAGAGAGAGAGAGAGAGAGAGAGAGAGAGAGAGAGAGGAGUUGAUAGAAAAGAACUGUGAUGAUCAUUUAAUGCAGACCUUCAACAGAACUUGAAGAUAUCAAGUUUCGUAUUAAUAAAAAUUCA